AUGAACAUGACCGAGGGAACUUUCCGUGACUGGCCCGCGAUAAGCCCCAGGACGGCGCUGUGGGUUUUGAGGUUCCCGAAGGCCGAUCACGGGGGUACGCCUGUAGAUGAGCACGAGCGGGCCCGCCGCCCUUUGGAGCGCAUGGUCAUGGACUCCACGAACAUGGACGCGCACGUCUUGCUGGGCACGGAUCAGCUGCGCGGCAACGCGCGCGUGGCCCCGGCGCUGGAGGAGCGCGACUUGGCCCGCAAGAGCAAGAAUGGGCCCAAGGGCGGCAAGGGCUCCGGCGAGAAUGACGAGCGACCUCGGAGCGGGGGAUGGAGAUUGGCGCCCGUCUCCGCCAACUUGCCAAUCGGCCUGCGUUGCUUCCACGGCGGCGGGUCCAGCCCCUUCUUCUUGCCCAGCGAGUGCCGGGAAGCAUGCCCACGCGGGCACUACGUUGACCCGCGCUUCUUUUUCUCGCUGGCGAGCUACGCCGAUUGCCUCGCUGAGAUGUCCAAGCGCAAAAUGAUCUGCUUCCAGGCGGAGGGCCCCAGCAUCAAGCCUGUUGGUGUCUUCUGCGUGUCAAGUGAGAGCGACCGCCUGAGACUGGUUUUGGACAUUCGCGCGGCCAAUGCCCACUUCGCGGACCCGCCCGCCGCGGCGCUGCCCAGCGCCGCGGCCUUCGCCAACUUGGCGGCGCAGGGUGGCCGGGCGGUCGUCGCCGCGGGGGGCGUCGACGACGCCUUCGUCCGAUUGGGGGCGCCGGCCGGCUUCUGCAGCUACUUCAGGCCGCCGCCGAUCGUCAAACGGCACCUGGAGGCUCGCGGCGCCCUGGGCCCCCCCGCGGCCGGCCGCCCGCGGGCGCGUUUCAUCGCCCUGCCCGCGGGCUUCUCGCGGGCGCACCGCAGCCGGGCGCAUGGGCAACUAUGCUUCGCCGUCGGCGCGGGCGAGGCCGCCGCCGACCAGGCGCUCGACCGCGUCGCGUCUGCGCUCGAGAGCGCCAGGCUGCGGGCGCGCGUCCGGAGCGGGCCGCCGAGCUGCAGUUCCCUGGGCGCGGGGCUGCGGCGCGGGCGCCGGCUCGCCGGCAAGGGCAGGCAGGCGCGGAGGCUCCGGCACGCCGUCGCGCAGGGCCGCGCUUCAGGACAUUUCGUCCGCGCGCCGGUCGGCCAUCUGACCUGGGCGGGCGCAGUCGGGUUCGAGGCGCUGGGGCUGCUGGCGCUACCUGCGCCUUCGCGGCGCCCCGCGAUCUCAUCGCCCGCUGCGGUCGACAGCGCGAGCGCUGGCGCCGCCGCGUGGGCGGUGAACCUCGAGCGAGGCCGCCAGGGCUCGCUGAAGGCCAUCGGGGAGCCCCUCGAGUCGGCCUCGCUGGGGCACGCCCUGCCCGUGGACCAGCGCAAGAGAGUCAAGGACUUCGACGAGGUCCCAGCCGGGUUGCUCGACGCCAAGCCGGGCGGCUCGCCCGGCGCAGCAUGGCGGGCGCCGCUGGCCGCCCGAUUGCUGGGCGAGAGGCCGCCGUCGGGGCAGCUGAGCGCGCUGGAGACGCUGGCGGUGAGGACCAUCGCCGAGGCGCAGGGCCGCGGGAUCCCGCAGGAGUUCGUGUCGUUCUGCUCCCUGCAUCACCUGGGCUGGGAGGACUCCGGCCAGCUGGGCGCGGCGGCGACCAGGUCCCUGAACUUUCGGGCGGCGGGCGCAUCCAGCCAUGGUUCGUUGCGGCUGGCUUUGCUAGGCCACUUCUCGCUAGGCCUCCAGUGCUCGUGGAAGGAAGGCCAAGUUGCGCGCGCCGCGCGGAGCUCAGUGGCGCGGCAGGGGCGCGUGCCGGCGAUGACCAGGGCACUGCUGCCCGACUUCGCGGCCUCGGCACUGGCCGGCUUGCAGGCGAUCGGCGGGUGGCGGCGCAUGGCGGCGUGGAUUCUGCUUGCGUCAGGCUGCGAUUCGAGGCCCUUCGGCCCUUCGAGGUUCAAGGACUCCGCCUCCGCGGGAUCUUCGCAAGCGGCGGCCUCGGCGGGCAGCUGGGCUCUGUUCCUCCGCGCGACGUGCGGGGGGCGACCCAGCAAGACAGGCCUGUGCAACGGGGGCGUGUUGAUCGACCUCGACCAUCGCCGCUGGCCGCUGCUCGCCGGCCCGAAAGACGCGGCGGGCCUCGGCCAGAACUUUCGGGAUUUCACCCUGGCCGCGAUGCGCUAG